GUAAGGGUACCCAAAUUGCACCUAGUACCCAAAUUGCACCUAUUUAGCAAAAAUAGCAACGGAAAUCUUACAAGAUUUCCUAAAGACCAAACAAUUUGUAUUUUUAUUAUUUGAUACUAUGCACAUCUUUCAAAGUAGGUAAAACUAUUUAAAUAUGCACAGAACGUUCACAGUAUUUAUCAACAAAUGAAGUGUUUACUGAAAAAGCAAAAUGUACUGAAACGUCGCCAUGCGACGUCAUCAAAACGUCAUCUUUUUAAAAGGAGCAAAUACAAUAUGUUACAAGUAUCAAUUCUUAAAAAAUAAUAAUAGAAAGCAUGGACUAAUAUCCAAAUGUUCAAAAUAUUUAAAGAAAUUAAUCAAAUGCUCUGUUAUUAGACUUUUGACAAUGCAAAUUUAAGCAUGGAUGCAAUUUGGGUACUCCUCACUUCAGAAUAAUUGAUGGUUUGGAGGUCAGUUUAGACCAAUUUUUCUGAUUCCAUAUGGAUUAAAAAUCAAAUUGGUGUACCUAUAUAAUAAAGAAGGAUAGGGCUACAAAAUAAACACAUUAAGGACAUUUAUUUCUUGAUGAUAAAAAAACGUAGGUGAAAAAACUGUCAAAAUAGGUGCAAUUUGGGUACCGUCACGUUAUUGUCUAUUGUCAUUUGGCAUUUUUUUUUAACGGUUAUUAGUGAAGACAGGGGUACCAAGAUUCCCAGGGGAUUACAAGUAUCACCCUCAAAAUCUUCUAUUUGGAGAUAGAUUUGUACGCAUCUAUUUAUAUUUUAUCUGCGAAAGAAAAUACACUUGCUCAGUUGCUGAAGUGGCUCUCUUUCUCGUCCUUAAGAGCACACAUAACUUCUAAAACGUAAAAAAAAAAACAUGUGAAAGAAACAGAAACAAAAGAUCUCAGUGGACAAAUGGUGGAUCACUUAGGUGUCAGAAAGCAAAUUUAUAUAUACAUGUAGGAUCAGAAGAAGAGAAUGGCCAAUUUUUCUCCAGAAAUAUGCCAGGAUUUGGGAGCAACAUCAGUAACAGAUGAAGUACCAGUCCCUGAUGAUACUUUAAUAUUUAGUCAUUUAGAUGCAACUACUGUACAUCAUGGAAAUGCAAAGGUGAAAAAGACUGUAGGGUUAAGCAAAGAACAUGGUUACAGCAAGACACCAAAUAUCAGAAGAUCAACUGCUAGUAUCAGUGCAAAUGAAUGACAUAAGAGUGAGUGAUGUAUUUAUAAGGCAAAGAGCAAGAUCAUUGAUAAAUCAGGAAGUUAAAAAUGUGAGUACUAAAAGAAUUGGAGAACAAAGUCUGCUUCUAACCAGGAAAAAAAUGGAGCAUUUAUCAGAAGAUACCAGUAAAUUGUGUGAUUCCAUUAUAGAAGAAAUGAAAAACAGGACACCAUUUCUAUUGGAAAUAAUGCUUUCUGCAUUUGAUGAAAAACAUCUACAAGGGCAAAAAAGCAGAAUAACUGGAUCAUUGGCCAUAGUAUACAGCAUUCUUAUGUUUGCAAGAAAUGCAGAAAUGAGUGCAUUUCAAAGAAUGAUGACAGCAAUUUGUAUAAGGGGACGAGCAGAAGAUAUGCUUAUUACUAGAUUGAACAGAGUAGGUGUUACAUUGUCACCAACCAGUAAGCAGAGAUUGAUAAAAGAAGCAGGAGAAAUCAGCCAUAAAGCUCUGUGUGAUUAUUUAAAGGAAAAGCCACUGCUAAAAAUAACUGGGGACAAUCUGGACAUAUACAUUAAAAGUCGAUGUGUUUCAAUAGAUAAAGGAAAUACAGAUUUACAUUUAUUUGCCUCGAAUGCCUUAACUAGCAGGUUAUCUUCUGUAGACAUGGACAACAGAACCCCCGUAGUUCCUGAAGUUAAUGGAGAUGUUUUAAAACUAACAGAGGCAGAAAUUGACAACAUGAAAUAUUCAUAUUCAAUAUUGAUUGCAAGAAUUUUGAGUACGUUGGAUCAAUUUAAAUGGAUGUCAACAGUAGUACCAGUACACAUAAACCAUGGCUAUAGUGCUGGAAUGUCCCAAAAAAGCCAAGUGUUCCAGUUACCGAUCCAACACAAAAAUGAGGCCAAAUAUGAAGAUAUUCUUGAUAUCAUGGAUUCUUAUGAGAAAUUGCUGCAAAAAACAUUUCAGGAAUCCCAUGGAACAGUUGAAUUGUUAGAUGAAUUUGGAGUUAUUGCAUCUGGUGACCAACUGACCAAAGUCAGAUUUGAAGGCGCAAAAAGACUACGUCUCAUGUCUCCAACAACAUCGGGAAGACUUGAUCAUUUGAGACCAGUUGUUAUUGAGCUGUGGCAUCUUAAACAAGAUUACUUAGAAAAAACUUUUAAAGCACUUUACAAGAUGGAUUCCAUGGACAAGUUCGGUACCUUGGCAUUUUGUAGAAACAAUUUAAAGAAGACUGACGUUAAUGGCAAGGUCAAGGGUCAUUUCAAUUCCCACAGCGAAUUUUUCAAACUUAUAGUAAGGGAGCUUAUUCGAGAACAGGCAUUUGAACUCUUUAACCUUGAUAUCGAAAACACUGCAGCAUAUCCACAAAAUAUCAGCAAGGCAAGCAGACUUAACAAAGAAAACAAAAUGAUGGAAUUAUCAGGUCAAAUACUUCAUAAAUUUGAUGUUAUGCGUACCGGGGUGCCUUCAGAAAGCAAUGACGAAUUAUUCAAUUACAGUACAAAUUUAACAAUUAGGGGAUUACACUACCUACAAAUGGAGGACACUGUUAAAGAAGGUGACAUUUCUAGAAUCAUUCCAAACCUGAAAGUGUGCAUCCCAAUUUUUUAUGCACAUUCUUGCCUUUCAAAAUACUUAUUUGAAUGUAUCGAUUACAUUACUAAAGUAACCUGUUUUCUUUCUCCUUUGGAAAAACUUAGAGUGUUGGAAGGCAGUAUGGUGAAUUAAGAGGUGGACCUGGCAAUAACAUCGAGGCUGACUUGGUACAGGAGCAUUCUGUAAGGAAUCAAAAAGAGUUGAUCAGGGGUCUGGGCGCCAAUAAAGCUGAAACAGCUAUUUCUGCUGUUACUGCAGCAGCACCAGUAAUUUCACAAAUAUGCAGGAAUUUUGAUGCUGAACACAACAUUGCAAAAAAAGCUUCAAGACAUAGUAGAAUUAUUUCUACAGAGGAUAUCAAAGUAAUCAGUGAAAGUUUGAGAAAAAUGAGACCAUUCUCAAAUACUAAUGGUAGAAAAUGUUCUUUCCCUAAUUUACCAUGUCAGCCUUCUGCUAAUGUAGAUAAGAUCAAAAUGGACAUUGACUUAGAUGUGAUGCUAGGUAGGGUGGGCAGAGGAUACAUAUCUGUAGUAAACGAGGAAGAUGAAAAUCGAACAGCAGACAUUGGUACUACUGAUGAUGAAGGGGAUGAUGAGGAAAUUCCAGAUAUUCCUCUUUGAUUCAGAUAUUGAACCAGACUAAGAGUGUACAUGAUGUUGUACCACAAGGGUUCCAGAGUUUUGUUUAUACAGGACAUUUGAACCUCAUACAAGUAUGUUGAGAGAAGUUCAGAACAAGCUAUUAUGUUUGAAGAGGAGUUGUCAGCACGUCAUCUUUGAAUAAAGUCAGUUGUAUUAGAAGUGAAGCAUAAACAGAAAUGAGACAUUUAACAAAUAAUUCAAAGACUACAUGGAUUAUUUCUGGACUAGCAUUUGUAUGACCCAAUGGUAUUUUUCAUAUGAAGACUUACAAGGCAAAUAAUUGGCUGUGGCAAACAUGUGUAUAUAUUUGACAUGUUUAAAGACUUGAAGAACUUGUUCUGCCUCCUUCAGAUUUCAGUAGAAUUGGUUUAAGACAGUAAAUUCUGAGUAUGAAUUGGAAAAUUUUUGCUCAUUUCUUAUUUUCUUUCUUGAAACUUAUUACAAAAUAAAUUCUUAUAUACUAAUUCUUGAAAUUUACAAGUUUAUUUU